CUCCCUCCGGGUGAGCAUCGUCGACGAGUCGCGUGCCGUCUUGUGCCGUGCCGUGCUGGAGUCGCGGAACAAGUUCGAGCUACCAGAUCGCGUCGGCCACGUGCGAGUUCCUCGUUGUCGUCAUCACGCGUCGACGUGAACCACCAGCUGAAGCACAUAAAUCAUCAGCGAUGUGGGAGGACUUGGCGCUGUCAUCCUCUCGCAGUUCCUCUUACUUGGACAUUGACUCCAGCUACAUGGAGGACUGCGCCGAGGACUCCUUCGACUCGAUAGAGGCAUGUGAACUGGGCUUGAGGGCGAGGAGGAGGAAAAAACGGAAGAGACGUUCCACUUCCGGAAUCCAGAGGCUCAUCAGAAAGGCUUGGCGCAGGAUGAAGGCGGACGGCCAGGAAUCGAGCUCUGAGGAAUCGUCUGGCAACGAAGAUAUUCCCCUACACUCGGAGUACGAGGAGGAACAGACGCCCAGGUACCGGCCCGACUCCUUGGCCAGUCUCUGUCGGGCCACACGAUUCACGGAAGCUGAGCUCAAGCGCAUCUAUCGGGGCUUCAAGGCCGAGUGUCCCACGGGUGUCGUCCGGGAGGAGACCUUCAAGUGCAUAUACUCCCAGUUCUUCCCACAGGGCGCUAACACGAGCCAGUAUGCCCACUACGUAUUCAACACCCUGGACCAGGAUCACAGCGGUCUACUCAGCUUCGAGGACUUUGUCACCGGUCUAAGCAUACUGUCGAGGGGUUCGAUGGACGAAAAACUACGCUGGACGUUCUCGCUGUACGACAUAAACGGGGACGGUUGCAUAACGCGGGACGAGAUGACUGACAUCGUCACAGCGGUUUACGACCUGAUGGGAAAAUUCGCCGAUCCAAACCUGGACCACGAGGGAAUACGAGACAAGGUUGACCGGAUGUUCCAGAAAAUGGACGGCAACAGGGACGGCGUGGUGACGUUGAACGAGUUCCUGGACGCGUGUCGCGAGGACAAGGACAUCUCGGCGAGCAUGUCUGCCCUGGACACGGCCUUCUGACACUCGGUGCGACCCUGCUACACGCCCUGGACUUGAACGUCGCUCCGUCAACGAGAAUCGUAGAAUCGAGCCCGACGAUUGCGCCUCAGGAAGGCGGUCGAGGAGCCGGACAAGUCCGUUGCGGAAGUGACCCGUUACCGGAAGUCCUCGGGCCCUCGAGUUCGAGCUAAAGGGUGCAGCGAGCACGAGGCGACGGGGAAAAAUGGAGUGAUUUUCCGU